CCGAUCCGGCGGGAGGGAGGGGGGAGGGGCGGGAUUUCCUGCGGGAGGCGCCGAGCCGGCCUUGGAAAAGGAGGAGAAAAGGGGUGAAGGGGGGGCAGUGGGAGCCACCGUCCAGGGGGCCAGGGACCGAGCAGGACCGGCCGGACCCCCGGCGGGGCGGCUGGGAAAGACUCCGACUCAGCCUUCAGCAGACCCUCAGUGGAUCACACCUUUUCCAGACCCCCGAGACCUGGCCGCCCCUGCUGCCCAAAGCGCGAGGGAAUGCUGGCUUCUCUCUGGGUGGGCACCGGUGCUCCUGAGCCACGUCGGGAGGAUUGGCGCCCCCAGUCCCGGCCCAUCCCUGGGCUGUCGGAAGCUGCAAGCUGAUAUCCGUCCAGAUUUCCACACAGCCUCCACCCCUUCAGAGAUCAGCUUUCCUGCUUGUGGCGGCAGCUCACGAAACACCUUGAAGGAGUACCCGUCAACGCCUGCCAAGAAGCCCACUGCCUGGGACUCCAUACACACUCCCCCCCACCGGACACCUGGCCCUCCAAAGGGCCAAGGGAUGGCACCCUGACACCUCAGCUUAGACCAGUUUCCCUGCCUCUGCCCUGGACCCCUGAGCCCAGAGUCCAGCCCAGGGACCGGGAAGGAUGGGUCGAGAACAGGACCUGAUCCUCGCUGUCAAAAAUGGAGAUGUGACUGGUGUGCAGAAACUGGUGGCUAAGGUCAAGGCCACAAAGACAAAGCUCCUGGGCUCCACGAAGAGGCUCAAUGUCAACUACCAGGAUGCUGAUGGCUUUUCAGCUCUCCACCAUGCUGCCCUGGGGGGCAGCCUGGAGCUCAUCGCCCUGCUGCUGGAGGCUCAGGCCACCGUGGAUAUCAAGGACAGCAAUGGCAUGCGCCCACUGCACUACGCGGCCUGGCAGGGCCGCCUGGAGCCCGUGAGGCUGCUGCUGCGUGCCUCUGCGGCCGUGAACGCCGCCUCGCUGGACGGGCAGAUCCCACUGCACCUGGCUGCCCAGUACGGACACUAUGAAGUGUCAGAAAUGCUCCUCCAGCAUCAGUCCAACCCGUGCCUGGUCAACAAGGCCAAGAAGACGCCCUUGGACUUGGCCUGUGAGUUUGGACGGCUCAAGGUGGCCCAGCUGUUGCUGAAUAGCCACUUAUGUGUGGCGCUGCUAGAGGGGGAGGCCAAGGACCCGUGCGACCCCAACUACACCACGCCUCUGCACUUGGCUGCCAAGAAUGGCCACAGAGAGGUCAUCAGGCAGCUCCUGAGAGCUGGGAUUGAGAUCAACCGCCAAACCAAAACAGGCACAGCGCUCCACGAGGCCGCGCUAUACGGCAAGACCGAGGUGGUGCGGCUGCUCCUGGAGGGCGGGGUGGACGUGAACAUUCGGAACACGUAUAACCAGACGGCGCUGGACAUCGUGAAUCAAUUCACCACCUCCCAGGCCAGCCGGGAGAUUAAGCAGCUACUGCGGGAGGCCUCAGGGAUCCUGAAGGUCCGGGCGCUCAAGGAUUUCUGGAACCUCCACGACCCCACUGCUCUCAACGUCCGGGCAGGGGACGUCAUCACGGUGCUUGAGCAGCAUCCGGACGGCCGCUGGAAGGGCCACAUCCACGAGAGCCAGAGGGGCACCGACCGCGUGGGCUACUUUCCCCCGGGCAUCGUCGAGGUGGUCAGCAAGCGGGUGGGUGUCCUGGCACCCCGCCUCCCCUCUGUGCCCACCCCCCUGCGCCCAGGCUUCUCCAGGACGCCACAGCCCCCUGCCGAGGAGCCCCUGCACCCCCUCACCUAUGGCCAGCUGCCCCGGGUGGGCCUCAGCCCAGACAGCCCAGCAGGUGACAGGAACAGCGUGGGCAGCGAGGGCAGCGUGGGCAGCAUCCGCAGUGCCGGCAGCGGGCAGAGCUCCGAGGGCACCAACGGCCACAGCACCGGCCUCCUUAUCGAGAACGCCCAGCCGCUGCCCUCUGCCGGAGAGGACCAGGUGCCUCCAGGACUACAGCCCCCGUCCCCGACAGACAACCCGAACCACCGCCCUCUGGCCAACUAUCGCUCGGGGGAGCAGCACUUCACCCAGGACGUGAGGCCUGAGCAGCUGCUGGAGGGGAAGGAUGCUCAGGCCAUUCAUAACUGGCUGAGCGAGUUCCAGCUGGAGGCCUACACUGCCCACUUUCUGCAGGCCGGCUACGACGUGCCAACCAUCAGCCGCAUGACGCCCGAGGACCUGACGGCCAUUGGGGUGACCAAGCCUGGGCACAGGAAGAAGAUCGCCUCGGAGAUCGCCCAGCUGAGCAUCGCCGAGUGGUUGCCCAACUACAUCCCGGCGGACCUGCUGGAGUGGCUGUGUGCCCUGGGGCUGCCGCAGUACCACAAGCAGCUGGUGAGCAGCGGCUACGACUCCAUGGGGCUGGUGGCUGACCUCACCUGGGAGGAGCUGCAGGAGAUCGGCGUCAACAAGCUCGGUCAUCAGAAGAAGCUCAUGCUGGGGGUGAAGCGACUGGCUGAGCUCCGGCGGGGCCUACUUCAGGGGGAGUCCCCAGGGGAAGGCGGCCGCCGGCUGGCCAGGGGCCCGGAACUGAUGGCCAUCGAGGGGCUGGAGAACGGGGACGGGCCCCCUGCAGCCAGCCCACGCCUCCUCACCUUCCAGGGUAGUGAGCUGAGCCCCGAGCUCCAGGCGGCCAUGGCAGGGGGUGGCCCCGAGCCACUCCCCCUGCCCCCUGCCCGCUCCCCCAGCCAAGAGAGCAUUGGGGCCCGCUCACGGGGGUCCGGUCACUCGCAGGAACAGCCUGCCCCUCAGCCGGGUGGCGGGGACCUCAACGCCCCACAGGAGAGGAAUCUUCCAGAGGGCACAGAGCGGCCCCCUAAACUCUGUUCCCCACUUCCUAGCCAAGGGCCCCCGCCUUACGUCUUCAUGUACCCCCAGGCCUCACCCUCCAGCCCGGUCCCUGGGCCGCCUCCAGGCACUCCCCGGGCCUUCUCCUACUUGGCCGGCUCCCCGGCCACUCCUCCAGACCCCCCGCGGCCCAAGCGCCGGUCCCACAGCCUGAGCCGCCCUGGCCCAGCCGAGGGGGAGGCCGAUGGGGAGGCCGAAGGGCCAGUGGAUAGUGCCCUGGGCAGCUACGCCACCCUCACUCGGCGACCAGGACGCAGUGCCCUCGCCCGGACCAGCCCCAGCCCAACCCCAACGCGGGGGGCUCCCCGCAGCCAGUCCUUUGCCCUCCGGGCUCGCCGCAAAGGCCCCCCGCCCCCGCCCCCCAAGCGCCUCAGCUCCGUCUCUGGCUCCACCCCGGAGCCCCCACCACCGGAUGGAAGCCCGGGGCCCAAGGAAGGGGCCACGGGGCCCCGGAGGCGAACACUGAGCGAACCCACUGGCCCCUCGGAGCCCCCUGGCCCGCCCGCCCUAGCCGGCGCCGCAUCGGACACGGAGGAGGAGGACCCGGGGCCUGAGGGGACACCCCCGUCUCGGGGCAGCUCAGGGGAAGGGCUCCCCUUUGCGGAGGAGGGGAACCUGACUAUCAAACAGCGGCCCAAGCCGGCAGGACCCCCACCCCGGGAGACGCCGGUGCCCACCGGCCUUGACUUCAACCUCACAGAGUCAGACACUGUUAAACGGAGGCCCAAGUGCCGGGAGAGGGAGCCACUGCAGACGGCACUCCUGGCCUUCGGAGUGGCGGGUGCCACGCCCAAUGCCCCUGCCCCCCAGCCCUCACAGACCCCCAACGAGUCCCCCACGGCCUCUCCCAGCCCUCCCCGGCCUGACCUGAGCAGCCUUCCCACCCCCGGAGCUCCAGCCCCUCUGCCCACCAGCCCCCCAGCCCAGCCCCCUGGGCUGGCCCCAGAAAAUAGUCGGCGGCCUGGGGAGACGGAGCCCCCGGCUGCCCCCGCUGCCCUCAUCAAGGUGCCUGGAGCAGGAACAGCCCCCAAGCCUGUGUCGGUGGCCUGCACCCAGCUGGCAUUUUCCGGCCCUAAGCUGGCUCCCCGGCUCGGUCCCCGCCCGGUGCCCCCUCCAAGGCCGGAGAGCGCGGGGGCCGCGGGCCCGGGCCGGGCCCAGCAGAGACUGGAGCAGACCAGCUCGUCGCUGGCAGCUGCACUGCGGGCCGCGGAGAAGAGCAUUAGCGCAGAGGAGCGAGAGGGCGCCCCUGGCGCCUCCGCCAAGCACAUCCUAGAUGACAUCAGCAUCAUGUUCGACGCCCUGGCUGACCAGCUGGAUGCCAUGUUGGACUGAGCCGGACCUGCCGGCGGCCUUCUGCGGCCCCCACCGCCGCCUCCCGCAGCGCCCGCCACCUCCCCCCGCGCAGAGGACACCCCUGCCGCCUGAGCGGGGCCCCGCCUGCCGCCCCCAGCCCGUGGCCGUCCCUACAGCAGCCCCAUGCAGAGCAGAGACGACUUUUCAGAACCUGACGUCUCAGCAAAGCCCCCUUCCACCCCUGCAGUGUGUGAUCUAACGGGAGGACCCUGCUUCUCAGACAGGGACCCUGGUAAGAGCUUCCUAUCCAGGAAGAGUGGUGGCCGGGCUUCUGGGGUGCCUUCUCUGUCCCCCCCCCCCCCGACCCGUGUCUCAAGUGCCUGUGCCAGGGUCCCCUGGCCACCCGCCGUGCAGUCCUGGCGCCCUGAGAGUCUGGAGGCGGCGGUGCGUCUGGCCGGCAGGUGCACACAGGACGUGUCAAGGGCCGGGGCCUGCUCUCACCAUCAGCGGCACCCAGCCCGCCUCGGGCCCCAGCUCUGCCUGCCCUCAGCGAGGCAAAGCUGGUGGGGCCGGUGGGAUUAACGGAUCCCUCGAACAGAUCCCCAGAGUCCAAAUGUUUCCAACUGUAAAUGUUAUUUUUUAAGCAGAGAGAAAUGCAUAUAUUUUAAAUGGAAUUUAUUCUAUCUAUAACUGCCUGUGAGGACACAGUGGGGGGGGGGGGGGGCUUCGGACCACAGUGAGAGCACCCACUGCCCGCCAUGGGGCUGGAAGUCUGACCCGCCUGGCCAAGGCCCCGGCUCUGUAAGCAUUUAACCUCUUCCCCCAACUAACACCAAUGAAAAGUGUCAUUCCACGA